AUGCGAUAUUUUCACUGUUUCAGUCCGAUAUCCGCGGUAGCUGAAUUCGAAUCGAGGAAGUCGCCAUGGCGAUCGAUAUGGCUUUGCAAUACGCUUCAAUUUUUAAAUGGAAUUCAAUUUUCCAUCUUCUUCACUUCCAUGUUACCCUAUCUGCGAGCCGUAGUUUUUCCACUCGGUCAAACGAUUGCAGCGUUUAUGUUCGGUGUUUGGAAUCAAAAAACGAAAUCUGCAAAGCAUCCUGUCGCGGUUGGUGUUGUUUUGAUGGGUUUAGGUAAUUUCAUCUACGGAACGUUACCUGUAUAUGAGUUUGGUUACAAAUGGAUUAUGUUACUUGCGAGAUUCAUCGUUGGUUUGGGAGCAGGUAAUGUGAGCGUGCUGCGUACUUAUGUGGCAUGUGCAUCGACACCAAAAGAUAAAAUGAAGGCGCUGUCGUUGGGCAUUGGAAUGUUUGUUUUCGGUUUCUCCAUGGGUCCGGCAGUCAUGCUGAUCUUCACGCCGCUCGGCAAAGAUGGAUUUCGAUUGGGAUGGAUUCAAGUGACGAUGUACAAUUUACCAGCAUUUGCAAUGGUAAUCAUCGCCGUCAUAUCAUUGUUACUUCUUUUCACUUGCUUCGAAGAGGAGUAUGCUGGAAUUUUAAACGGUGGUCAUAAGAACAGUAAUGGCGUUUCAAAAGUUGCACUUUCAGGCUCACUUUCAUCUGUUAUUGUGCCGAAAUUCGAUAAAGUUGCUGCAUCUAUUUGCAUUGGUGUUUGGUUCGUGCAACAGUGUAUCGGUACCAACGUAGAAGUAUUAAUGGUACCGAUGACUAUGGCCAUGUACAACUGGAACAGCGAACAGGCAAUCUUCUACAAUGGUAUUAUCAUUCUCGUCUCGGCCGGAUUCUCUUCUGCUGUCUACUUAAUUAUGGGCUGUACAAGAAUUGGCAAGAAAGAUAAACGACUAUUGAUUGGAUUUGGAAUAAUAGUUUUCAUGCUGCAUCACCUACUUCUCAUACCGUGGCCUUUCUACAGUGGUCCAUUGGACUAUACGCCAUUAGGUUGUAACAACCUCAUGAUUUCCUCUUCUGCUGCAGUCGGUAAUUCAACCGAUCUGAAUUUAUUUGGUGGUUGUCUCCGAACCUAUGAAUGGUGUUCGUACACCACACGAGUGCCACUAGUGGUAUAUGUUUUUGCAAGCGUAAUUUUAAUGGGUACUGCAUUUCCAACGAUUGGUGCCUCUGGCGGGACACUUUUCGCCGAAGUAAUCGGUCCAAGGAAUCAGUUUUAUGAUCGCAUGAUUCACUUCCAGGGAUUUAUGCAAGGGGUGUUCGCGUUUUUCGGCAGCGUUGGGCGAUUUGUUGGACCCCUUUUUUCAACAUAUCUCUUUGAGAACGGCGGUUACUUACCACCAGUGGUAGUGCUAUUAGGAAUGUUGGCCAGUGCGCUGACUGCCGUGGUUAUUUUCCGACGAAGACUUGUCCCAUUACGGCUGACUCCUAAGAUUGGUCUCGCAACGCCCUACAAGAAUGGAAUCUUCUAUCGACUCUAA